ACGCGGUGCGGCUCUAUUCUGACCUGCUUUACCUUCACGCCACUUUCAGCGCUUCUUACAGCAACAACAGGUGUAGAGGCGGGAUGUACAGCAUCCGCUGGGUCAGAGCACAGGUGUAGCCGCGUGACCGGAAGCUAACAGCGGCUGCGCACUGGGGCUCUGGCUGAAGGCGCUGGACCAUGAUCCGGAGCGGAAAGGUCCUCCGCGGGCUCGUCGCCUCCGCGGGCCGGGCUCCUGUCAGACACAGCGCGUCAGGGCAGGCCUGGCUCCCUCCCAGGGGCUUCGACACGGGAAUCAAGACUUUCAACAGCCUGAGCAAAGAGAAAGAAGCUCUGAUCCUGGCCAGAGAGGGCACAGCCACCUGGUACAGCUGCGGACCCACAGUGUACGACCAUGCUCACCUGGGCCACGCCUGUUCCUAUGUCAGGUUUGAUAUCCUGCAGAGGAUCCUGACCAGAGUCUUCGGCAUCACCGUGAUCCACGCCAUGGUCAUCACUGACAUUGACGACAAAAUAAUCCGAAGGAGCUGGGAGGAAAACGUGUCCCCGGCUGCGGUUGCCAGAUUGUACGAGGAGGAAUUCAAGAGGGAUAUGCUGUCAUUAAAGGUGGUUCCUCCUGCUGUGUACCUGAGAGUCACUGAGAACGUGCAUCACAUCGUUGCAUUCAUUGAAGGCAUCAUCAGGAAUGGGCACGCUUACGCCACAGAGGAAGGUGACGUAUAUUUUGAUGUGGAGUCCAUCGGGGAACGCUACGGGAAGUUUGUGGGAGCCGUGGGUUCUCACGGGGAGCCUGGCAGCUCAAACAAACGGGACUCCAGGGAUUUUGCUCUGUGGAAGCGGUCUAAGCCUCAGGAGCCACACUGGGAGUCCCCGUGGGGCAGAGGAAGACCUGGCUGGCAUAUUGAAUGUUCUACUGUCGCCAGUCACAUGUUUGGAAGCCAGCUGGAUAUUCACUCUGGAGGGAUCGAUCUGGCCUUUCCUCACCACGAGAAUGAGAUUGCUCAGAGUGAAGCCUUUCAUCAGUGUGGACAGUGGGCAAACUACUUCCUUCAUUCAGGUCACUUACACCUGAAGGGCAGUGCAGAGAAAAUGUCGAAAUCUUUAAAGAACUAUAUUACCAUCAAGGAUUUUCUACGGUCUUACUCGGCCGAAGAGUUCCGGAUGUUUUGUCUCUCGAUCAAAUAUAGAUCUGCUGUAGAUUACAGCGACAGCAGCAUGAUGGAGGCCCGCACCUCUCUGGAGACCAUCUGCACCUUCAUCAGCGCUGCUCAGGCCUACAUGAGGGGCCAGGUCCACUGUCCGCCUGUGCAGGAGGCUCUGCUGUGGCAAAGCCUGGCUGAAGCUAAGUCUAACGUGCGGACGGCGUUGGCAGAUGACUUCGACACGCCCAGAGCCGUCGGUGCGCUGAUGAAUCUGGUUUAUGAGGGGAAUCGGCAGCUGCAGCCCGUUUCUACGGCAGAGGGGGGGGUCCGGAGCCCUGCCGUCUUGGGAGCGACGGUCACCUACAUCAGGGAUGUCCUGGACGUGUUCGGGAUCGACCCGCUGCACAGUAAGGAGGCCGAGGCGUUGGGAGGCGGUGGAAACCUGCAGGCCGUGGUGGAGCAGCUGGCACAUUUCAGAAGUGAAGUCCGGGCAUUUGCCCUCGCACGUCCAGACAACAAACCCGGCGUGUACCCAGAUAGAGUCCCUCUGCUCAAAGCCUGCGACACCCUCAGGAAGGACCUGGUCCCCUUAGGCGUGGUGAUAAAGGACAGAGGAGCGACGUCCACGUGGGAAAUAAAGCAGAGUCCCAGGGAACAGAAAGACCACAGCGAUGGCCAGCAAACAUGAUGAAAAAGGACAAAUUCUUCAUUUAAGAACAUCUGGGACCAUCAGAACUUUCCUCUUCUUUCCUUUAGAAGUGAUAAGAUGGUUUAUUUUCAUUGGUUCUGAUCCGUGGCUCAGGAUCCAAGGCCUAUUUGGUCAAAAAAUGUAAAACUGAAACUUUACUGUUGUACUAAUUCUGAGGAGUUGGUCAGAUUUCCUCUGGACCCAGCAGGGUACAGCAGCAGGAGAACAAACCAGAGAACACCGGGGAGUGUAGCUGACUGCCGGCUAUUCAACCAAAAAGUGGGAUCUGUGAUGCUGUGGGACAGUUUCCCUUCCAAAGGUCCUAUAAAUAACAUUUUAAA